GUCCAAACGGGCGUGCCGUCUCCCAGUCUCCGUCCUCGCACCCCGCGGUUGAGGUUUGACAAUUCGUCGUCGUCUCUCUCUCUCUCUCUAAGAAGAAGACUGUUAGAGAGAGAAAGUGGCCGUCCUUUGUUGGGAACAAGGAAGAGAGAGAGAGAGAGAGAGAAGCUUCUUCUCCUUCUUUCCCUUCACCUUGUCCUCCUCCUUCUUCUUCUGUUGCUACCAAUCAAAAGUCAAACAACAAGACCGAGCAUAUCCGUCAAGAUCCCUUGGGGGGGUUUAUCAUUCCAUUCCUUGUCCUUAAGCUUCUCAACCUACUCCGUGAUCUCCGUCAUCGGCGCCGGCUUUUUAUCUGCUGUCCGAUCUUUGCCCUCCUGUGCUGAACAUCUUCUGCCAUGAGCUCAAGUACGGCGCCCUCGAGCUCCGUCGCCGCCGGAUCGGCCGAUCCUUCGGGUGCCCGGAGGAACUCUAAGCGGCCCAAGUAUUCACGGUUCACUCAGCAGGAACUUCCGGCUUGCAAGCCAAUUCUGACCCCGCGCUGGGUGAUUUCAGCUUUCAUGCUUGUCAGCAUUGUCUUUAUUCCCAUCGGAGUUGCUUCCCUGUUUGCUUCGCGCGAUGUGGUUGAGAUAAUCGAUCGGUAUGAUACUGAAUGCAUACCAGUAGACGCUAGAAAUGAUAAGGUUAAAUACAUUCAGACUCCUGGAAAUAAAACCUGCACCAGAAAUAUAACUGUGACUAAGCAAAUGAAGAGGCCUAUCUAUGUUUACUACCAGCUCGACAACUUCUAUCAGAAUCAUCGCCGGUAUGUGAAGAGUCGUAGUGACUCACAGUUGCGGAGUAACAGCAGUGCAAAUGCUGUCAGCGACUGCAAACCAGAGGAUUAUAGUAAUGGUCAGGUGAUUGUACCUUGUGGUCUUAUAGCUUGGAGCUUGUUCAACGAUACCUACAGCUUUUCACGUAGUGGCCAACAGUUGGCUGUAAACAAAAGGGGUAUCUCAUGGAAGAGCGACAGGGAACAUAAGUUUGGGAAAGAUGUGUUUCCUCGGAACUUCCAAAAUGGAACACUAAUUGGUGGUGCACGACUCAAUGAGUCCAUACCACUGAGUGAGCAGGAAGACCUCAUAGUGUGGAUGCGAACAGCAGCACUGCCAACUUUCAGGAAAUUGUACGGGAAGAUUGAGGAAGAUCUUCAGGUGAAUGAUGUCAUACAGGUGACUUUGGGGAACAACUACAACACGUACAGCUUCAGCGGGAAGAAGAAGCUUGUGCUGUCCACCACAAGCUGGCUCGGAGGGAAGAACGACUUCCUUGGCAUCGCUUACCUCACCGUGGGAGGAUUGUGCUUCUUCCUGGCCAUGGUUUUCACAAUUGUGUAUCUCGUCAAGCCAAGGCAACUCGGAGACCCUUCUUACCUUUCGUGGAACAGAAACCCCGGAUGGCAGUAGGGCAAGUCGCCGAUAGACAUCUUCUGGUGGGACCAUAUCCCGUGGUUCUCAUGUUCAGUAGUGUAAUUUUGUGUAUCAAUAUGUUAAGAGAUCUGUUUGCUUAUUAUGAUCCGAGUUUAGAAGGCACAUUAUUAUUAGCUUGUAAUUUCUUCAUUUAUUUCUUUUGUAGCUUUAUUUGAAGCAAUGAAAUGAGACAAAAUUGUGUUCAAUACAAGCUUCUGUUAUAUUUUAAGUGUA